UGCAUUACUCCCUCCAGAAAUGCAACCACAGAUGAAGCACGGGCUGCAGCAGGUCACACACCCGUCCAGUGGAGUAGCUUCUAUGUAUCGGCCCUUAUUCCUAGCCCCCGUAUUCACUUGCUCAUUCCGUACCAGGUUUCAACGGUCCUUAGCGAAUGAGCUGAUGCCUUCUCCCGCUAUAUCUAUAACCAUGUGUCCGGGAGGGGGUUUGCUCGGUUUGCCGUGAACUGCGUAAGGCGAGAUGAUUCUGGGCAACGCGGAGUGGGAGUGGAGGGUGCAGAGUGGUCUAUGCGGCGUUCGUGUGCACGAUGUUAACGUUUUUGCUGGGCUGGUCCGGAAUAACGUCGGCGCCCAUUGCCGGCUCAACAGUCUGCCGAACGCCGGCGCCUUGAGCGCCAAGAUUGCACGUGCUGUUAGACGAAGUUUCAGAACAGCGAAACAAACCUGUCGAUCCGCAACCUCACCAGCUUCGCGGAUUUUAAGCCAAAGAUCCUCGACAUCGCUGAAACCCGACCCGCCGGCUAUCCUCACCAGGAUCGUCAACCAGAAUGGGAAGAGCUCCCGCGCUGACGACAUCUCUUCUCGUGGGCCUACGUCCGCAAACGCUUCGACCUCCACGCAUUCGCCGAUGACCUCUACCUCUCGCAGAACGCUCGAUACGUCAUAUGGGGGAAGCAUGCCGACGGUGUUAUAUAUUAGACAGAUCAACCGCCGCGGGCUACCCAACCAGGCGGAAUACGUGCUACCUCUCUGCGCGAUGGGACAUCAGACAAUUGGUCAUGCGUACCGGCUAUACAAGGACGCGGAGCUGAUCCCCGAGCGACCGCCAGAUUUCGAGUGCCACACCUGCCUGCUGCCUGGAUCAACCCACUGUCGACUGGUGGCCGACAUGGCGGAUAGUCUGACACACCAAUGCCUUCGAGGUCAUCCACAGCGAACAGCACCACGACGCGCACGACCACAACGUACACGGCGACCGCGAAUGGACACCACGACGGCGACAAACACUACGAUAGACGCGACGACUGUACCUAGCCUAACGAUUGAUAAGAGACACGACAGUCGACAACGAAGAGGGGAGUCAGUAGUGUUGGCAGCUCAGAGGGCGGGUCUCGCUAACGCGCCGCACUUUCUUCGUACGAAGCUCAUUAAGCCCCGAAGCGAAGUACCCCUCCACGAGGGCCUGUACAACUGGGUGACUCAGAGGACGACAAUGAGCGGACGGCUCAACGAGGCGGGUCACCGUAGUGGCAAUACGGACAAAGCUCUUGCGUCAAGCUACUCAGCAGCGCACUCGGAGGAGCCACAGGCCAGGACGACUCAAGGUCAGAGACACAGGCCAGCUCAUGGAAAGAAGGGGUCACAAGCUUGUUUAGUGGAGAGCGUGGAGCGGGUUGCCCGGCGUGGAAUCUGGUCUGUGGCCCACUCUGCAAGACACGGUCGACCUGUCAUGAGGAGACUCUUACAGGCGCGAACCGGGAACCGGAAUUGCGUCGCUGGGUUCCGGCCCUCGGUGGACCUGAAUGGCAGGCAACAUUACGUCCUAACCGGAGACAUCACUACGUGGCUCGAUAGAACGGAUGCGCAAUACGAGUUCAGUCUCUCUGAUAGUGCUUUUCGGUGCCAGACGAUUGCAGAAUUAAUGCGCGCGUGCAGAGCAAGGGGGUGAUAAUCUUAGCCCAUAUAAAUCGGUCGUUGUGACCUAUCAAUCUGCC